ACCAUUUUCGGCUUACACCCAAAAACCCUAGCGCUCGCGCCUUCCUUCCUCGUGGUCUCUCUCGCAGGCUCUCUUUGUCCCAAGCGAGUCAGAUCCAUUGAGCUGAAGAGAGAAUGGCGAGCGAGCACACAGUAUUGCAGUUCUCAUCGUCGUCCUCCGCGAGCUUGUCGGCGAAGGUUCAUCCUCUAGUCAUUUUUAACAUCUGCGAUUGCUAUGUCAGACGCCCCGACCAAGCUGACCGAGUUAUUGGCACACUCCUCGGCUCGAUCUUGCCCGAUGGCACCGUUGAUAUCCGCAACUCUUAUGCUGUUCCUCACAGCGAGUCCUCCGACCAGGUUGCUUUGGAUAUUGAUUAUCAUCACAAUAUGUUGAUAUCACAUCAAAAGGUGAACCCAAAGGAAGUCAUUGUUGGAUGGUAUUCAACUGGUUUAGGAGUUACUGGUGGUAGUGCGUUGAUCCAUGAAUUUUAUUCUAGAGAAGUUUCCAACCCUGUUCAUUUGACUGUUGAUACGGGGUUCAGUACUGGAGAGGGUACCAUAAAAGCUUAUGUUUCUGUAAAUUUGUCUCUUGGAGACCGGCAACUUGCUGCACAGUUUCAAGAGAUUCCCCUAGAUCUCCGCAUGGUUGAAGCUGAGCGAGUUGGAUUCGAUAUUCUGAAGACAACAAUGGUUGACAAACUUCCAACUGAUUUGGAAGGAAUGGAAGCUUCAAUGGAGCGGCUACUAGCUCUAGUUGAUGAGGUUUACAAAUAUGUAGAUAAUGUCGUGGAAGGGCGUGUUGCACCGGAUAACAACAUAGGGAGAUUUAUAUCAGAUACUGUAGCAUCACUUCCCAAAUUGCCUCCAACAGCUUUUGAUAAGCUUGUGAACGAUAGCUUGCAGGACCAUUUGCUCAUGUUAUAUUUGUCAAGCAUUACUAGGACACAGCUCAGCUUAGCGGAAAAGUUGAACACAGCCGCUCAGGUUCUGUAAUUCACAUCCACUCCAGGAAUUAUUUGCCAAGACAAAUUUAAUUUUACAAGUUUUAUGUUUGUGAUAUAUGGCCCCGACUUAGAGAAAUGCGGCAUUUUAUUUUCAGAUAAGGUUGUAAUCUUUUUGCUUCAUUUUGAAUAUAGGUAGGUUCUCUGAAUUUGUUAAGACUUCUUUCCGUGGAAUACUUUUAGCUAAAAAUGUUUAAUUUUUUUUGGAGCUAGUUUCGAUGGUUCAAAUGUUGUCCUAUAUUGAUUUCUA